UGGCUGAAUAUUAUUGUCAAAAUAUUAGCUUUGCUAAAAUGACGUAAGUUUGUCGGCAACGAUCUCCUAGAAAAGGAUCGGGAGAAAUGACUCAGAUGUAAACCCCAAAGAUACAAGUCAUUUGUCAUCCUGACAUUUUAAAUAAUAUUUACAUUUUGAAUGAAAGAUGUGACGUAAUAAAGUUAAAAAUCAUUGUGUAGGGUAUUAAUAUUGAUACCUUGAUUGAUACUUGAAUCAAAUCCUAUCGAUGUUUGUGUUCGCUGUUCGCAGUAUUCUCCUCAACUUUGCUGUGUAAACAUCAGUGAAAUAUCAAGUUGUAUAAGCUAAGCGGAAAAUGGAUUUCUCAAAACUGUACUUUUUGAAACAGUCCAGACUCAUUCACCUGUGCAUUUCAAUAACUUUUUUUACUUCAGGUGUUAUAGUUAAUGUGGCACAAUGUUUACUUUAUUUAACCAUUCGCCCAUUCAGCAAAACAAUUUACAGAAAAAUAAAUUGGUACCUGUGUUGGACAAUCUACUCUCAAUUGGUGUUUGUGGGAGAUUGGUGGUCAGAAACGAAGAUAUUUUUCUAUAUUGACAAAGAAGAAUUCAAUAAGUAUUAUGGGAAGGAGCAUGCCUACUGUAUCAUGAACCAUACAUAUGAGGUGGAUUGGUUAAUAGGUUGGAUGAUGGCAGAAAGAAUUGGUGUCCUGGGUAAUUGUAAAGCUUAUGCCAAAAAAAUUAUUCAGUAUAUUCCAGUGUUAGGCUGGGGAUGGAAAUGUUCCGACUUUGUUUUUCUAGAAAGAAAUUUUGACAAGGAUAAGGAAAUUAUUAAUAGACAGAUUACUGAAUUAGCUGAGCAUCCUGAUCCCAUAUGGCUCUUGCUUUUUCCUGAAGGUACAAGAUUUACCAAGAAAAAACACGAAGCAGCUAUCGAAUUUGCCAAAAAACAAAACCUUCCUCAGUUAAAAUAUCAUCUCCUUCCUCGCACAAAGGGUUUCGUUGCUAGUUUACCAUCAAUGAUAGGUAAAGUUCCUGCGAUUUAUGACAUUGAGCUGGCAUUCAAAGAAAGUGAUCCAAAUGCACCAACAAUUACCAGUAUGUUAUUUGGCAAACCUUUGGAGGCCCAUUUCUCUUUGAGAAGAAUACCAAUGGAAGAUUUACCUCAAAGCGAUGAAGAUCGGGAAAAGUUUUUGAGAGACUUGUUUGUACAAAAGGACAAAAUGAAAGCUAGUUUCAUCGAAACUGGAGACUUUUUUUCCACAUCUGGCGUCAAACGAGUAGAACCAUUCGAACUGGAACGCCGCAUUUACCCUUUACUAAAUGUGAUAUUCUGGCAGUUCGCUACUUCAGUACCCAUAUGUUAUUAUCUUGUGAAGAUGUUGUUUAGUGGAGAAUUAUUAUACUUUUCCAUUGGUGCUGGGAUUGUUGGAGCAUUUUUCCUGCUAUUGAAAAAAACAAUUGGAAUGUCCGAAAUCAAGAAAGGUUCAUCAUAUGGAUCAGGACCAACUCCUAAAAAGAAUCAGUGAAAGUGUUACUCAUCUCCUUCCAUAGCUGAUGCCGUUUUCCAAAUUAUGGAUCAUCAAUGUCUGUGCCAAACUCGAGACAUUUCCUUAUUUGGAUAAAACUAGUAGUGAAUUUUUACCCCAUAUUCUUAGAGGGUUGAUAAAAAUACACCCAGGAAAACAAAAAAAUUUUUUGUCAAAUUUUCAGUAGUUUUCUCCGCAAAACUAUCAUAAUGUAUUUAUUUUACCAAAUGCAAGCAUCAUAAUGUAUUUAUUUUACCAAAUGCAAGCUCAAUUGAAUCGUUCGUUCAUCGAACUUUAUGACCUCCUGUAUCCAGUAUUGACCAUGACAAAGUGAGAUUUUUUUUUCAUAAUUGGAUUCGAGUUUGAUUCCUAUUUUUUGGAAACAUUUAAAUAAGAUAAAGUUCGGUAAUAUACUAGAAAAUUUAUAAGCUUUCCAUUCUAGAAAUCAUUGAAAAAAUUGCCUACAUAUUUUGCAGGUCGAUUAGUCUAAAAUAAUGUUAUUGAUUGAAGUUACAAGUGCUGAAAGUAAGUGCAGUGAAAUGUCAAAAAUGGAAAUGAAUGUGUCAGCUUAUUUUCUUUGAAUUAGUACCUACAUACUUUGCAUCAUAUGUGUCGCGGGGAACCUUAAAAUAAGAGGUUCAAAACACAACUUCGGUUUUGUCAUUUUUAUUUCGGGCAAGAAUUACCUCAAUCCUUAAUAUAUCGAAACUGAGAAAGUGAUUUGAAUCAUGCACUGAUGGCUACAAUUGUAAGUUCAAUAUUUUCAGUUACUGUAGUUGUUACUUUUUUUCUUAGAAGGCAUGAAAUACUUAAUAUCUUAUCUCAUUUAUUGAAAAUAUAGUCCUCAUCUGUUAUGAUUCAUUUCCUGAUUUAUUUUGAAAACAAACUCAUUAAUGUUUCCUAAUUGACCAUCCUAUGUAUGUUCAUUUUGACUGUUUCUUUGGAUAAUCAAAUUAUCAUGAGGUGAAUGUCUGAAAAAUUAUGUUUACAUAUUUUUUGAUGCCUUAUCAAAAGUAGUGUGCAAUUUGGAAUACUAAGUUCAGAAAGCUCUAAUAAAUAAAGUGUAAUGAACUGACCAAUCACUUGGUGUUGAACUACUCAUUCAUUGAAUAAAUUGAUUACCCAUUUCUAUGAAAUAAGAAGUUGCUGGAUAUUCAUUAGAUAUGAAACAAUAGCACUCUGAAUCAAUGGUAUCACUUCUAGUCCGGCUAAUCAAAUAUGCGAAUGAUUGGAUUUUGACAAAAGGAGGCUUAUUUCAGAGAGAAAACACCCAAAAAUGAUUCGAGUGAAUGUAAUGUACUAUUUGAAUCAUUUUAUUAUUGUAAAGCUUGUAUGGAGGAUCAACCCAUAUAGGACAAUGUCAAUAAUUUUUGAAGAAGAAAAAAUUAAUAACAACAAUAAAAUAGUUGUAUAGGAAAUAAAUUAGUGUGCCCAUUACGAUAAAAAUUAAUUAAAGUUGUGAAACUAGACCUUGAAAAGUUAUAGGAAAUAUAAAGAUAUACAACUUUUG